GGAAGGAGCAGGUCUGCGGGAGGCAGCGGAUGGCUUCCCGGGCGCCGGCCGCCCCCGAUGACUUCGAUGCGCUUUGCUCGCUUUGGAAAUGCAGCUCUGUUUGGAGCUUGGAGAACUUGAGGGCUUCCAGCAAGGACUCAAUCGAUAAGAUGAACCACCUGUACCAAGGGCUCACCGGCCUGCGAAAUCUGGGCAACACGUGCUACAUGAAUGCCGUUUUGCAGUGUCUCUGCAGCAUGUCACCCCUUGUGGAGUAUUUCCUCUCGGGAAAGUAUGUAACAGCCCUAUGCCAGGAGAAUGGCGAGUCUGCGACUGCCUUUGGCUAUCUGAUGUCUGACAUGUGGCUUGGAGAGUUUGACUGCGUUUCCCCGGAGGUUUUUCGUUCGGUCCUUGGGGAGCGGUACCCAGCGUUUACCAAGCGGACUCAGCAGGAUGCGCAGGAGUUUCUGAUCUGCGUGCUGAACGAGCUCCAUGAGGCUCUCAAGAAGUCAAGCAGCAGAAGAUGCCAAGGAAGCGCAACUGGUGCAAGAGAAAACAGAGUGAUUGCCAGUGAAACGUCUAUUAUCACACAGUUAUUUGAGGGACAACUCAGUUAUGAUAUUACAUGCCUGGAAUGCGAGACCACUACUGACAAACCUGAGAUCUUCACGGUUCUUUCUCUCCCCAUCCCCUCUGAGAGUGCGUGCUCUCUGCAGGACUGUCUCAGAUGCUUCUUUCAGCAAGACACACUGACUUGGAACAACCAAAUCCAUUGUUCUUGGUGUGGGACAAAACAAGAUGCUGCAGUAAAGGCCAACAUAACCAAGGCACCAAAGAUAAUUAUUUUUCACUUAAAGAGGUUUGACUGUCAAGGCAACUACAAAAAGAAACUUUUAACUGACAUUUGCUAUCCACUCAGCAACUUGGACCUCUCGCCUUACAGUUACCCAUCCUUCCGCAGGAACUCAAAGUACAGCUUGUGUGCUGUAGUGAAUCACUUUGGAUUUCUGGAUGGUGGCCACUACACGGCGUUCUGCAAGCACUCAGUCACCAAGAGCUGGUACAGCUUUGAUGAUUCACAGAUCACCGCGAUCCCAAACUCCUCUGUGCAGACUGCUGCAGCUUAUCUUCUGUUCUACACCUGUCAAGCCUUCUCUGCACCCACCAAAAGCCACUAGCAGUGAAAGACUAACAGUGCUUAUCACAGUUUUAAGGCUACAACACAAAACUUGCUUCUCCUAGCAAGCUUCUCCUACCUUUAGCAGACUCCCGAGAAGAUUUCUACAGGAUUCAAUGGCCAGUACUCUCCAGGCUGAAAACCUUUAGUUUAGAUUACGUGUUCUCUAGAUACAAGGCAUAUAUGGUUCAAUCAUUCAAGGAGCCUGACAGAUGAAGACUCCGGGGGGUAUCAGUACCCCAAAAACAUAGAGAUGUCAGAGAAAAGGGUUUUCCCACCACAGCUCAGAAAACCGAAAGUAAAUUGCCACCUAAUCUUUGUCUUAUUUUCCCUGUAUUCUGUAAACCACAGCAUCUUUGGGCUCAGCCUCUUCAACCACUUGGCCUGAAACAGCUACAAAAGUUAGCCUCUACAAGGGACUCCUGGCAGCUGAUGCAAAACUGAGUAGACCUCAGGACCUCCAACUCUACAUAAAUAUAGGAAAAGCAAGCCAUUUUAGCAGCUCCGGGACCUGCCAGACAGAGGGAAGUAAGGAAAUGGGACUUUGUCUCCAAACAGCAAUGGAGAAGGUAAAACCAGCAGAAAUGCUUGUUCAAGCAUACUCAGAAGCUGCUUAAAAAAAAAAAAAAAUUUUUUUUUAAAUAUUUCUGCCUUAGCACAAAACUUUUUCUUUUAAUUCCUUACUUAAUUAAAGUAAGAGGUUUUAAACUUUUCUCUUGAUCAUUUGACAGAUGUAUAAUUAAUUAA